GACACCGACAGUGUUAUUGUAUCGGCACAUAGUCGAUUAUUUAUUCAAUCAAUUUCACGGUUCAAUUGUGAUUUCAUACACACAAAAAAGGAGUAAAACAUCAAUCACCCGCCAUAAAAUGUUUCAUUCCUAGACCCUGUUGUUGCAAAAAAACAGAGACCGAAACAACAUUCACACACAUAGCAAACUAUUAUAGCCAUAACUUAUUCAAACCAUAUUGACUUUAACGCUUACAAAUGAGUUUGAGUUUUAAGCGUUGGAAGGCAGUCUGUUUCCGCCCACAAAAGCAGUCAGUGUGCAGCGCGCGUACGAUGGAGGCGUCCGAGAAAUUUAGCCAGUUUGAACGUUAUAUACGCACCCUUUGCAACAUAAUCGGUUUCGAUGUAAUGACCGAAACGUGGAAAAAGUCGUACCGAACGUAUAUAUCGAUCUUUCUUUGCUCACAGUACUUGAUAUUGAUGGUUUACUCGCUGAUCAUUGCCAGCGACACGUUCGAGCUGUUCAAAUCCCUCUCAUUUUUGGGAUUUUUCUUUCAGUGUUCGCUGAAGAUGUACUACACGAUCCAGCAAGCACCUCAGUAUGCGGUGAAUUUUUGCUGCCUGAAGGAAGCGAUCUACGAGCGUCACUCGAAAGGCACCCUAGCACAAAAGACGACCGUUGCCCGGAUCAUAGAUCUGUUGGUGCUCGUGACGAAAGCCAUCUCAGUUCUUUAUACUUCGUCCUUGUUUAUUUUUUCACUGUAUCCGGCUUAUAUGUACUUUGUGGUACAUGUGAAGGUACCGAUCUUUCCACUGUACAUACCGGGGAUUAACAUUUACUCGGCGUACGGUUAUGGCAUCACCAAUUCGUUUCAUAUGUUGAUCGCUGUGUACGGGUUAUUCGGUGCACUAACCUCAGAUAUUGUAUUCAUUAUGUUUGUGGUGCAUUUCGUUACUUAUGGGGGGCUGUUCAAGAUUGAGUGUGAACAGUUUGACCAGGAUCUGAGUGGUGUUUUCCAGCAUUGUGAGUGGCGAACAGCAGUAUAUAAAACGUUCUGCCGCCAACGGAUGCGCGCCAUCUAUCAGUAUCAUCAAAGCGUUAUCUUCUAUCUGGAGUCUAUGCAGGAGUGCUAUCGAAAUAUCUGCGUAGUGCAGGUGGCCUCGUGUAGUUUAUCGACCGUAUUCAAUCUAUUUUUGGCCUUGACAACGGAUUGGUACGCAACGUACGGAUUUAUUGUGAUAUCUGUGUUUCAACUGUUUGUGUACUGCUUGAUGGGAACUGUGAUGCAAAUAAUGAACGAACGAAUGAUUGAUUACAUCUCGAAUCUGCCCUGGUAUAUGCUCCCAACCGAAGAGCAGAAGCAGUUUAAGUUUAUGCUCGCACGCAGUCAGCUUUCAGCAGAAAUAAUGAUCCGCAGUGUCGGUCCGAUGAACAUGGAAACCUUCACUGACAUUAUGCAGAAGAUGUACUCCGCAUUUGCCAUGAUGUACAGUUUUCUGGUUGAUCUUGGCUAGCUUACAUUGCUAUCCAAAACAAUAGUAAAGCUUCGUAUUUUGAGAAUUUUGAGUUGAAUAUUUUAGUAUUUUUGAAUAUUUUGUGUGCUCUCCUAAAAAAUUGAUUACUUGAAUCAUUUUUGCAGUUUUGUGUGUAUUUGUUAUUGAAAUCAUGAGAUCAUCAUGUUAUUCAAAUGAGAGAUGCAAUAAAGCUUAGUAAAUUCUUCCGCACUUCAGAAACAAGCUAAUCUUUUAGGGAUAGAAUUGAUUCAUUGCUUAAAUAUCGAAAAAGAAUGUUUACUAAAACAAUCUUAUGCCCAAAUGCAAACAUUUGAUGUUAUUUGAUUUUAUUAUUUCAUUUUUUAGAAAACAUUGAUCUCCCUAUACAAAACGAAGUAAGAGAUGACGCUCACGUUACGCUCACGUUACGCUCAUAGGUGAAACGAUUGCUCACUAUAGGAUCUUCCUGUACGAAAAAGUUACUCACUAUAGAACGGUUUGCUAACCAACUAUGGGUGCUUGGAUGAUUUUUAUUUCUUUGCGGUGUUUCAAUUCUCCAAGGCAACAAGCAAUGGUAGAGUGAUUGAAUCAUUGAGGCAUUCAAAUCAGAAGACAUCAUUGUUUUUUUCUACACACAUGUUGAAAGUGUAUCAAUAAUUAUCAAAUUAUUCCCCAUGAUUCUAAGUAAUUCUGUGGUCGAGAUUCUACCCCGUUCCAUCCAUUUUAUCAUGCGUAGUAGUGUUUUAUUGUGUAGUUCAAAACGUUUCAAUAAAAAGACUUGCUUCGAACUAUCAUUUACUUGCUUCGAACCAUCAUCCAAGUGCAGUAAAAUGCUUGCUUGAAAGGAUUGCAAAAUCGUACGCUAUGAACGUUGAACAAUUACCUUUUUUCAUUGUACAUAAACCCAAAAAUGCUUGGUACAAUGCAAUAUAGUGAAACCAUCGGAGCUACAUAACUAGGACUAAGUAAACAACUUUAAAACAUGCAUAUAACGGGUUUAUAUUUCCCACGGAAUAAUAUACCAUAAUAAUAUACACGGAAUAAGGACAUUCCUGGGCCCAGGGUUUUUUUUAUAUGAGCACAUGAUGAAGCAACAAAGUAAAAUGAAGUUAGUUUAAUUGAUUUUAUUUGCAUUUAGCACUCCUGGAUAUCCAUGGCUGCUUGGUACACAAAUAGUCAUGCAAAAGAUAGGGCACGGGUCAAUAAUAAGCCGUGACAGUGAGCCCUGUGGAUGGAAGACCCAUAUGUCAUAUGAACAUGUCAUGACAUUUAAUAGAAGCUGUUACAUAAGUUCAGCAUGACUAAAUUAAAUUUUCGUAGGUCCUAUAUGGUUGUAAAAAUGGUUCGGGGCUUCGGGGCUUGGUUUUUAGUGACUUUUUGAUAACCUAUAGCAGGAUAAUAGUCAGUCAUAUUGGAACUUGAACCCACGAUGGGCAUGUUGUUAAGUCGUACGAGUUGACGACUGUACCACAAGUCCAGCCGAUAGUCAAACAUAUUGAAAAAGAAAGUGGGCCACGAUUGCUAAUGCAAUGGAAACACUAACAUUUGUAAAUAAAACAUUAAAAUAAGUAAAUAAGACAAAAAUAUGGAAGGGCUAUAAACAGAGAUAAGAAUUUGAUGGAAACCUGUGCCAAGAUAGCAACACGGUCAUAAAAAAUAUCAGUAAAAAGACAUCAAAAGAGAGCAGGAAUGCUUAUCUACAUGUUUGCAUGAAAACAUUUAAAUAUGCCCUGCAGUCAGUAUACACGUCUUAAGUUCUGUUGCGAAACCUGCAACCGGGCCAAAUUAACUAGUAUUAAACAAAGUUAUUUCACAGUUGCACGUUACUUAUACCCCCUGCCCAGCAUUACACUAAUGUAUUAGUAGCUUUGGAAAUGCAAAGUACUUAUUCUAAUAAUGUAUGUCUGGAUUCUUAAGCUUUUUGAGACACAUACAUUUUGAUUGGCCGGUCCAGUGGUACAGUCAUCAACUCGCACGACUCACGGACAAUCUACGAAUGGAUGAGGGAUUGACUAUCCCGCCAAUGGUAAUAAAGAAGUCAUAGAAAACCAACACCACCAAUGGUUCAUACAGGCCUUUCACUGACAUUAGUUGUUUUGCCCAAGAAGAAGAAGAAGAUACAUUAUAAUUUUCGUUAGUGUUGGUAAUAAAAACGAAAAUAUAUUCUUCCCAACUUGCUUCGCAUAUGCUUUUUUCAAGUUUCACCCUGCUACUAUUCUUUAUCUCUUUGCUGUGUUUAGCAGUCUUUAACAUGGUUUCCCAAGUCACUUCCAAAUGAAAAACAUUGGUUUUCACUGCGAGCAAGUUGUUGAUCCUCAUCAAACUGAUAUUUCAUUACCAUCAUCAUCAUUUAUAAUUUCUUUAGCAUGAUGUUCAACACGACUCAAGCUGUAUUGAAUUUGACAGUUGUUUG